AUGGUCACUGUGAGGACUGUGAUCAGUGUUGCAGCCUCCAAGGAUUGGCCCUUGUUUCAAGUGCAUGUUAACAGUGCCUUCCUACAAGGUGAUUUAUUUGAAGACGUUUACAUGGAUCUUCUUCAGGUAUUUCACAAACAGGAGGAGUACAAGAGAAAAUAUGCAUUGGAGUUAAUCACUAAUGCAGGUAUGAGUGGUUGCAAAUCAGUAGCAACUCCAAUCAAGUUGAAUCAGAAACUAACAACAGUUGACUAUGACAGUCAUGUUGGAAGAACAGAUGAUCCUCAACUUGAAGAUGUAGGAGCCUAUCAAAGACUUAUUGGGAAGCUAAUUUACCUCACAAUCACAAGACCAAACAUCUGUUUUGCAGUACAGGUGUUGAGCCAAUUCAUGCAGCAACCCAAGAAGUCUCACCUAGAUGUAGCCUUGAGGGUUAAAAAAUACAUCAAAUCAGCACUUGGAUUAGGGAUACUACUUAGAAGAAGACAGGCAUCAACACUCACAGCCUUUUGUGACUCAGACUGGGCAGCAUGUCCCAACACAAGAAGAUCUGUGACAGGGUAUGUUGUGAAGCUUGGGGAUUCUCUGUUGUCAUGGAAGUCUAAGAAGCAACAGACAAUUAGUAAAAGCUCGGCAGAAGCAGAGUAUAGAAGUAAGUGUGGUGGCAUAAGUCGUUUGGAUGGUUGGACUGUUGGAGGAAUUGGGAAACAAAGUGGAAGUACCAGUCAAGUUGCAUUGUGA